AUGAAUACGAAUAAGACGCAGCUGACGUAUGUUACUUCGCUUCCUGAGUUAAAUAAAAUGCUUGCAGAUUCAACGAAAAAUAUCAAGGAUGUAUUUUUCCCGAAGGAAGAAAUUGCAGCUCUGCAGUGGGAUACCUCGGAGAAGUUCGUCUCACAAGACAUUUCAACCAACAUCUUUCUCGCUGCCUUCACCACGGCCUGGGCACGACUCAAACUUUACCAGGAAAUGGAUAAGUUGGGGGAGUCUGUGUUGUACCAUGACACAGAUUCUAUCAUAUAUGCAAGUAACGGUUUAAAUGAUCCCCCAAUAGGCAAUUUUUUAGGAGAAUUCACCGAUGAAUUGAAUGGGGACACGAUUACUACAUUUGUGUCUGGCGGGCCAAAGAAUUACGCGUACGAAACAUCUAGAGGUAAAACGUGCUGUAAGGUAAGGGGGUUUACCUUAAACUUUCGAAACUAUCAAGUAUUGAACUUUCACUCCAUGAAAACCCUAGUACGGAGCAUGGAUGACGACGGAGUAGUCAUCACAAAUCCAGCCAAGAUAACCCGUGAUCCUAAACGCUGCAAAGUCAUUAACAAGAAAGAGACAAAACUAUACCGAAUGGUCUAUGAUAAACGAGUCAUUGUACCCUCUGACCUAUCUACUCUUCCUUACGGAUACUGAACUUCUCUCCCAUCUUUAAGAAGAAAGACAGAAGAAAAAAAAUCGUUCUCUUUAGAGCAAAAAAAAAAAAAAAGGCCCUUUUCAGGGCCACACCAAAUAACAUGAAUUGGAAUGCUUACAUUGCAAAAAG